AUGCAAUCGAGUAAAACUUUUGAAGGACGAAAUGCAAUACGAACAUAUACAGGUAAUAAAGUACUUAGGAAACUAAAAGAAAAUCGAAAUAAUACAGCAAAAUUUGUUAUAAAAAGUUCUCCACCUAAGGAUCUACUUUUUUUGUCCUAAAAUAAAUUUAGAGUUGGCCCACCUCCAUAACCAUUACGUAAGAACUUAAAUAUCUUAAGUUAGGGCAUAAUAGUUUUCUGCAUUCGGACCAAGCAGAUCAACUAAAUCGAUUUUAGCAAGGAAUAAUUUCCUAAAUGGCUAACCAUCAAUCUCUAAUGUCAAACCUUUUUUAGAUUUUAAUUAAUUUAUGAAAGGAUUAUCUUCUAAUAAUGUAAAAACUCGUUCACCUGAACCUUAAAAAGUUGUAAUAAAUAAAUCAAAAUUUUGCAGGUGUAAAGAAAUUAAAGAUAUAAUAAAGAAAGUAAUUUAUUUGUAAUAUUAAAGGAUGAAAAUGAUAAUAUAAGCAUUAAUAAUGAUAUGAGUCCAAAAUAAUAUUUGCUAUUUAAUUCUUCUCUAAGCAAACCAUCCUCUCCUACAAUGAAAGUGUACUUAAAUUCAAAAAAAGAUGUUUAUAAGCAAUGUAUUCCUUAUAUUUUAUCUAGUAAAAAAUGAUAUUGAUGUUAAAAAGGAAAUUUACUCCUAAGCACUAUAAAAAAUGUUAAAAUAAGGAGAUGAAGAAGAACUUAUGGAUUUUGAUCAUAGAUAUUUAAGAAGUGUUAGAUAAAGGAAAUUAAGAAAUAUUGUUUAUUUUUUAUUAGGAAGAUCAAAAGAAUAGUAAGUUUCACUACAAGAUUUGAUAGAUAAUAAAAUGACUCAAUAUAAACCAUUUUAAUAAUAGGGAUCCUAUUCAUUUCUAUAUUAUGUAAAGAAAGGCUUACUUGAAAAAGUUGAGGCUUUACUUUAAUAAAAUAACCUUUAUGCAUUUGAUUUUGAUGAAAAAUAGAUGACUGGUCUUCACAUAGCUACUUAAAAAAAUAAUUUAGAGAUGAUUAAAUUAUUAAUAACUUAUAAUUCAAAUCCACUCUCAAAAGAUUUAUCAGGAUUCACACCAUUACAUUAUGCAAUUAAACAUCAUAAUAUAGCAAGUAUAUAAGUAUUUAUUAAUUAUUUAUAAAUUAGCUUUUUUUAUCCAUGAAAGUUCCCACAGAUGUUCAAUAUCCUGAUUAUUGCAAAUUAACAGAAGACAGAUAAAUUUUAAAAAUAAUUCGCUAGGCUAAAAUCAACGAUCUCAUCAAAAGAAUAUCGAAAAAUAAAUAAUUAUAAACAUACCUUAAAUAAAUAAUUUGA